GUUGCUACAAAGACAGUAACUGUUCUCACAAGCAGUCCCACAGUCGUGUGUUUGGAUGUACAUAGUGGCUGCAAAAGGAUUCAGAAGGACAGGAAGCACAAGUACGACCUUCAUUAGGAAAUAUUUCCAUAUUUGUGCAAUAGGAUUGGAAGAAGGAGGCACCUCCAUGCUUCACUGCUGAAGGAACAAACCUAGACUGCCAGAUACCAUCUCAAACUGCCACAUUAGCAAGGACUGAACCUGGCCAGAGGAACUUCUGACCCAGAAAUAAGAUUUUCUCGGUUCUGGAAAAGUCAGUAUGUUGGAUCAGAUUCAUUGGCUGGCUGCCGUGACAGUCCUGGGAGUCCUGGAGCAAGCCUACUUCUUCCUCCAGGUGAUCUAUGCUAGGAGGUUGUUUGGCAUUUCACCUCCAAAGAUCUCAGGCCCUCCUGAAUUUGAAAGGAUCUUUCGAGCACAGGUGAACUCCUCUGAGUAUUUUCCCAUCUUCCUGGCACUUCUGUGGCAGGCUGGACUCUUCUUCCAUCAAGGUCUGGCUGCAGCCUUGGGUCUGCUCUAUCUCUACGCCCGCUACUGCUACUUCAAGGGAUACAAGGCAUCAUCCUCAGAAAGACUCGCCCCGAUAUACUUCAGCGCUGGAGUUCUCUGGAUUCUCAUUGCAGUGUCAGCCCUGGGCAUCCUGCAUUUCUUCCUCUCUCACUAUGUGGGGCUGAAUGUCCUCCAGCUUCUCACAGCAUGACCCACUCCUCUGUUCUUCACCACUGUCCUCAUCUUCAAGUCCUGCUCCCUCCUGCCUGCCUUAACAGACUGGCUGCAACUCAGCAGCCCUCAAUGAGAAACCCACCUUCACCCAAGCUUUUAACUCCUCCUUCCUCACUGUCCAGCACUGGCAGGAGCUGCUGAGCUGUUUAGGAGAUAUUUUUCCUCCAUGGCAUUGGGUGUGCCAAGUGCUCCGCAUCUGGCGGCUCCAUCGUGUCUGAUGUGGAAACACCAACCCCAAACAAGGACAAAUAAAAGCAAACUCUUCUCAGUCUGAGUUUCCCAGUGAGUUGCCAAAGGGAAGUGCCAUGUGUUCCCCAUUAUCCAGUGGCUCUGCCCUCAGCCCAGGCACAGAACACAGAUUCAUGCCAGUUUUCCAAGGCCCACACCUAAGAAAGGCAUUUGUUUGGAACCAGAUGUGGGCUGAGACAUAACAAAAGAGGUGAGGGAUAAACUGGAGUAGCCACCAACAUGUUGUGCAAAAGUCUGUUGGUGCCCUCAUGCUGGUUAUCAGCCACUGCUGUAAAUCAGACCGUGCAAACUCAUCACCACUGCUGUGUGUGCCGCUUUGAACUCGUCCCAGUGACAGCAGGCCCAAAUAAAAGGUCACUGAACUUGC